AUGGAAACCGACAAGCUCAUCAUGCCGGCAACCGGUGACAAAAAAACCGCAGUCCAGCUCACCGGAACACAAGGGACGCUUCUUGCGACUCUCUAUGCGCGCUAUCUCGAUUUCAAGUCGGACAACUCAGUGUUUGGUGACCGGUGGGCCGCUCAUGUCGUGGACCAAAUUGAUUGGGACUGGAGCCAGUUCAACUUCAGCAGGAUGUUUCCUUACCUGAUCUCGAUGCGCGGACAGCAGAUCGAUGCCUACACGCUGCGGUUCCUAGAGAAGCACAAGGAGACGGGCGCAACCGUAGUCCCGAUACAGAGGCAUGUUACUGAUGCGCAACCAAAACCAGACAUGGCAUGUGGUCUGGACGGGCGCGUCCACAGGAUGGUCGACCACUAUGGCGGUGAGCUCCCGCCGCGUGUCGUCUGGAUCGAAGCCGACUUCCCCGAGGUCAUGGAGCUGCGCAAAAAGCUGCUCCCUCAAGCCCGCGUAUCCCAGGACGGUGGCGAGUACAGACAGGAUUGCUCUUCAGUCUUGGAGAAGGAUUGGAUGGUCUCACUGCCUACCGACAAGCCCGUGCUGCUCAUUGCCGAAGGUCUGGCGUUCUACCUCGAGCCGCAUGUAGGCAAGAAGAUGUUCCGAGACCUGACGGAGAGCCUGCGACACGCGCCAGGUGGAGGCGAAAUCGUGCUCGACUGCAUUAGUAGCACAGUUGUUCAAUGGCAGAGCUGGAUCGCGGCUAUUCAAGCCGUCAAGGCAGAAUUCAGCUGGGGAAUUGACAGAGGCCACCAGGUCGAGGCUUGUCACCCGUCGAUGCACUUGCUUGAAGACAUCAUAUACGCCAACCUCCCCGGGUUUGAAGUGAUGGACUGGUGGAACAAGCUCCUGCUGUGGACGACGCGAGGCCCGACGCCGACUGCUGGUCGUAUUUUGAGGCUGGAGUUCGGUGAUGAUGUGAUGCUCAAAUUUUGA